AUGUCGCUACUAUUUUAUAGAAGACCGGAUUAUACAAACAAAACAACGGGUCCUAUAAAUGCUACAGAAUGUCAACGUUAUGUUGCAAGAGCGAGGAAUUCUGAGCGGGCAAUCCCUCCGGGACUAUCGUUCGAAGACGUGAUUGGAAACCGAUCACUUCCACCAUGCUCUUUGAGUGACUUUAUGGACUUUCUCGUUUAUAUUGAGCACGAUGCAGAGAAUCUUCAGUUCUAUCUGUGGUACAAGGAUUACGUUCGUCGAUUUGAAGCUCUCCCCGAUCACGAAAAGAGACUUUCUCCAGAAUGGGUGCCAGAAAUGACAGAGCUUCCGACUCUUGCCAGAGACACAGAGAAGAAUGCAGGAAGGAAAAGCAAACCCACAAUUGAUAUGCCAGAUUUCAACAAUCACAGUGAUAUGUCCGACUUUGAUGGAGACGUCAAGUCGAGGGAUGGUCACACUCCUACCACUCUAUUUCCGGCCGAUAGCGCUAUUGGUAGCCCAACAGCUCCUUCGGUAUUGUCAAACAACACUGGCAGACGCUCAGGGGAAGCCCUGGGCCAACCAGUUCUCAAAUGGCAACCUUUCACCAUUCAGCCAAUGCGAGAAGAGGUAAACCGUAUAAUGCGUCAUUACCUUGCUUUCAAUUCAGCUCGAGAGCUCAAUCUAUCCCAUAAAGACCGCGCUUCAUGUCUACACGCCCUCCAACAUACCACCCAUCCAUCAGCCUUCUUACCCGCCGUGACCAUCACCGAAGCUGCACUUCGAGGCCAAUCCCAUCCAAACUUCAUUAGAUGGUCCAUAUGCAACGGUAACCGACCUCGUGUCUUUUUCGUCCGAACUAUGGGCGUCAGCAAUACAAUACUUGGAUUUGUGAUGGCUAUCCUUUUGAUUCUAUCAAGCACUAGUCGAUGGUGGAGAGUCUUCGCGGGUCUGCAAUGUUUUCUAGGCAUCACCACGUUAAUAGCAGCCUACAAAGGUCUCUGCGUCAUCAUGCACCAAACCCACAAUCGCAAUCUGCGCCCCUGGGAGCAAGUUCUCCAGAACGACGCCGAUGAAGAAAUCGGACGAGCCUCCUUUGAAAGCUCAUCACAACGACGCAUUCAAUUGGCAACACGCACGGGCGACGAACAUGAUGCGAAAAUUGACGGGAUAUCCAUCUCUCAAACUUCGACCCUGUCGAGUUUCGGGCCGAAGAAUGAUACAGAGGAAUAUGAGGAGAAGUGGAGGAGCAUCUACAGGAAGAAAAACUUGGUGCGGAAAGUUUUUGAUAAGUCGACUUGGACCCAGGAUGAAAAUCUGAGGUUGUUGCAGGAUAAAAUUGUAAUUGGGGCGAUUGCUUGGAGUUUUAUUAUUACAGUGCCGUUGACAGUGGCAUUUGUUGCGUUGCCGAAAGGGAAUUUCUAUUAG